GAUUCCAGCAACAGAGAGGACAGGAUGGAGGAGAUGUGGGGCUGAUGGUGCUGGUCUCCUGACGCCCGGAGAACGGGUGCUCCGGCCUGCCGGAGACAGGACUUCUAAAACGACGAGUAUGUCUGGAAGGCUGUGGUCGAAGGCCAUUUUUGCUGGCUAUAAGCGGGGUCUCCGGAACCAGAGGGAGCACACAGCCCUUCUUAAAAUUGAAGGUGUUUAUGCUCGAGAUGAAACUGAAUUCUAUCUGGGCAAGAGAUGUGCUUACGUGUACAAAGCAAAGAACAACACAGUGACUCCUGGUGGCAAACCUAACAAAACCAGAGUAAUCUGGGGAAAGGUAACUCGUGCUCAUGGAAACAGUGGCAUGGUUCGUGCCAAAUUCCGAAGCAACCUUCCUGCUAAGGCGAUUGGACACAGAAUCCGUGUGAUGCUGUACCCUUCAAGGAUUUAAACUUAUUGAAAAGUAAAUAAAUAAAACUGGAUUUGUUCCCUUGUAUUUUUAUUAAAUGGCUUAAAAAUC